CGUAACAGAAAUUUGGUUUGCAAAUUGCCAAAUUCUUCCCCGAUGUGCCGAUUAGCAUUUGCCGCUGUUUGUGCCUUUUGUUGUGAGCCCGACAAGGCGCCAUGCCAAACAAACACGCGCACACUCUCUGCUUCCCUCCCCUUCCCUCCCCUCGCUGCUACGUAGCUGCUUGCUUUGCUUCUCCCAGGCAGCAAUAUCCUCUCUCACCACCCACCCAGGCAGCUUGAGCCUCCGCCGACCUCGAGGGGAGGAAGGGGAACUGGCGAAAGUGGCAGCAGAAACACGCGCAAUUGCUGAGUUCCUACACACACCGCAGCAGUGCACACCACAUCCACACACGCGCCUAGGCCUAGCGAUGGAGUGACAAGCAUCGAUCGGGUUGCUUCCGGCGAUGGCCAUUGCCAACCCCGCCUCUUCUCCUUCGUCAUGCGUACAAGACAUCCCCACAUCACCCCUCCUCCGCCUCCUCGCCUGACGUCAUCCCCGCACAGGCACCGCACCACAAAUCCAUCCCCCCUCCUCCCGGCCCCUCGCCACUGCAUUGCAUCCAUUCUUCUUGCUUCCCCGAAACCUCGCGCUUGGUCUGACGCAACGCGCCUUGGAUCCCUGAGAUAAAGCUCGCGGCGUUCGCUUGUUCCGCCAAAUCCACUCCUUCAAUUUCAGCAGCUGUCGGAAUUUCUCUUUUGAUUCGGUUCGCUAGCAUUUGUGGGUUCCGCCAAUGCUCGCUGGUUUGAUCCGACCUAGUUGCCAAAGCGCCUCUUGAUUCAUCGUUUCUUGAUUUCAUCCUUCCAAAGGGGGAAAAACACUUUCUUUCUGGGUCCUGAUUUGAGUGUGUCGCCUUUGCUUCCGGCAAUGGGGAACAGCAGCAGCAGCGGCGGCAGCAGCAACAGGCGCCCGGGGCACUCGGAGUCGGCGCUGCCGCCCGAGGCGGCGGCGCCGGCGGAAGAACUGAGCUCGUACGAGGCAGCGUGCCGGUCGGACCCGGAGCUGCGCACGUUCGACACGACGCUGCAGCGGCGCACCAGCCGCGCCAUCUCGACGCUGGCGGUGGGCGUCGAGGUGCGGUCGAUGUCGCUGGACUCGCUCCGCGAGGUCACCGGCUGCCUCCUCGACAUGAACCAGGAGGUGGUGCGCGUCAUCCUCGACUGCAAGAAGGACAUCUGGAAGAGCGCCGAGCUGUUCGACCUCGUCGAGGACUACUUCGAGAGCAGCCUCCAGACCCUCGACUUCUGCACCGCACUCGACAAGUGCCUCAAGCGCGCCCGCGACUCCCAGCUCCUCCUCCACGUCGCGCUCCAGCGCUUCGACGACGAGCAAAACAGCGACGCCGCUCCCUCCGCCCGGUACGCGCGCACGCUGCACGAGCUGCGCCAGUUCAAGGCGGCCGGGGACCCCUUCACGGACGAGUUCUUCGCCGCCUUCCAGGCCGUUUACCGGCAGCAGCUGGCCAUGCUGGAGAAGCUGCAGCAGCGCAAGCACCGGCUCGACAGGAAGAUCAAGACCAUCAAGGCGUGGCGCCGGGUGUCAAGCAUCAUCUUCGCGACCACGUUCGCGGCCGUGCUCAUCUGCUCCGUGGUUGCCGCGGCCAUCGCUGCACCGCCUGUCGCUGCGGCAUUGGCCGCGGCUGCUGCAGUCCCGCUGGGAUCUAUGGGGAAAUGGAUCGAUUCGUUGCUGAAAGGGUACCAGGACGCGCUCCGAGGACAGAAGGAGGUGGUGAGCACAAUGCAGGUUGGCACAUUCAUUGCCAUCAAGGAUUUGGACAGUAUCAGAGUCCUCAUUAACCGGGUGGAGGCGGAGGUCAGCUCAAUGGUAGACUGCGUAGAGUUUGCAGAGCGGGAUGAGGAGGCGGUGAAAUUUGGGGUGGAGGAGAUUAAGAAGAAGCUGGAAAACUUCAUGAAGAGCGUCGAAGAUCUUGGGGAGCAAGCAGACCGGUGUAGCCGAGAUAUCCGUCGAGCAAGAACUGUCGUGCUGCAAAGGAUCAUCCGACAACCAAACUGAAAAAAUAAGGGGACAUGUAAGGGAUUCAGUGAUAGCGAUGUGCACGAAAGAGUCGUUUGCUGAGAUGAGCAAGCAAACAAAGUGGCCAUUGUCCUAAAGCAACACAUAAUGCUCGUGGACUUAUGUCAAGAAGAAUUUAUAUAACUGUCCACUAUCCAAAUCUCUACUAUUUAUGGUUAAGGCCACCGGAAUGGUUGUCCUUUUUCUGGUUACCAUUCUUUUUAUGCUCGGUUAUUUAUUUUUUAGCUUAUCAGUUAAAUCUGCUAAGGGUGUUUACUUAUAUAUAUCCCUGUAUGUCUCGGUGGAUAAUUGCUGUGUGUUUGGCACUGGGAGUACUGUGCGCCUGUUUCUACCGGGUCUGGAAUUAAGAUGGAGAUACUCGUGCACCCUCUGAAUGAAGGGCUUGGUACUGUUGCUGUAAUA